AUGGCUUCUUCUUCACUAUGUUUUCCGGCGACGUCAGCUGCCGGACCUCGGACCACUUUCCGAACUGAAACGGCCUUCGUACUCUCUGGCCGUCGUAGGUCGACCCAAUUGAGGACUCAGAGAUCUUAUAUUCGGUCCGAUUUAGACAGAAAUGUCUCUGACAUGGGCGUCAAUGCUCCAAAAGGGUUAUUUCCACCAGAACCUGAACAUUAUAGGGGACCCAAGUUGAAAGUGGCUAUCAUUGGAGCAGGGCUUGCUGGCAUGUCGACUGCAGUGGAGCUUUUGGAUCAAGGCCAUGAGGUGGAUAUUUAUGAGUCGAGGUCUUUCAUUGGGGGAAAAGUGGGUUCUUUUGUUGACAGACGUGGAAACCAUAUUGAAAUGGGACUGCAUGUUUUCUUUGGAUGCUACAACAAUCUUUUCCGUUUGAUGAAAAAGGUGGGUGCUGAUCAAAAUCUGCUUGUGAAGGAACAUACUCACACUUUUGUGAACAAAGGGGGUGAAAUUGGUGAACUUGAUUUUCGCUUUCCAGUUGGAGCACCAUUACAUGGUAUUAGCGCUUUUUUGUCUACGAAUCAACUUAAGACUUAUGAUAAAGCAAGAAAUGCUGUAGCUCUUGCCCUAAGUCCAGUUGUGCGGGCUCUUAUUGACCCAGAUGGAGCAAUGAGGGACAUACGGAAUAUGGAUAAUAUUAGCUUUUCUGAGUGGUUCUUGUCGAAAGGAGGCACCCGUAUGAGUAUCCAGAGAAUGUGGGAUCCUGUAGCUUAUGCUCUUGGGUUCAUUGACUGUGACAAUAUUAGUGCUCGUUGUAUGCUCACCAUAUUCUCAUUGUUUGCAACUAAGACUGAGGCUUCCCUAUUGCGCAUGCUAAAAGGUUCUCCUGGUGUUUAUUUGAGCGGCCCCAUCAAAGAGUAUAUCACAGACAGAGGAGGCAGGUUCCACCUCAGGUGGGGAUGCAGAGAGUUACUUUACGAUAGAUCUGCUGAUGGAAACACAUAUGUCACUGGAAUAGCAUUGUCUAAGGCUACUCAGAAGAAAAUUGUGAAAGCUGAUGCUUAUGUUGCAGCAUGUGAUGUCCCCGGAAUUAAAAGAUUAGUUCCAUCAAAGUGGAGGGAGUGGGAAUUCUUUGAUAAUAUUUAUAAACUAGUGGGAGUGCCUGUUGUCACUGUGCAACUCAGAUAUAAUGGCUGGGUUACAGAGCUACAGGAUUUAGAACGAUCCAGGCAGUUGCAGCAGGCUGCUGGGUUGGAUAAUCUCCUUUAUACACCAGAUGCAGAUUUCUCUUGCUUUGCAGAUCUUGCACUCUCAUCUCCAGAAGAUUACUACCUUGAGGGGCAAGGCUCAUUGCUCCAAUGUGUGCUUACACCUGGCGAUCCCUACAUGCCAUUACCAAAUGAUGAGAUCAUAAAGAGAGUUGCAAAGCAGGUUAGUUCCAUUUAG